AUGCCGUCUUUGCCACUGCGCAUCGCAGUGGUAUGCUCCAGCAACCAGAACCGGAGCAUGGAGGCGCACAACGUCCUCAGCAAAAGAGGAUUCAGCGUCCGGUCCUUCGGAACAGGAGAAAAGGUAAAGCCUCUAGGACCAACACGUGACAGGCCAAACGUCUAUGAUUUCAGAACCACGUAUGAGGAGAUGUACAAAGACCUCCUUAGGAAAGACAAAGAAUACUAUACGGAGAAUGGCAUUUUACCGAUGCUGGAAAGAAAUAAGAAUAUCAAGCCCAGGCCGGAGAGGUUCCAGGAGUGCACAGACCUGUUUGACCUCAUCCUCACCUGUGAAGAGCGAGUGUAUGAUCAGGUGGUGGAAGAUCUGAAUUCCAGGGAGCAGGAGACCUGCCAGCCCGUGCAUGUGGUCAACGUGGACAUCCUGGACACCCACAAGGAGGCCACCCUGGGAGCGUUCCUCAUCUGCGACCUGUGCCAGUCCAUCCAGUGCAUGGAGGACAUGGAGAACGGGAUCGACACGCUGCUGCAGGAGUUCGAGGGAAAGUACGGCAAGAGCUUCCUGCACACCGGCUGCUUCUACUGA